AAACGAGCCCCAGCAUUAACAGCAUUCGGCGACAUCUAUAGCGUUCGGCAGACUCCGCCGUGUCAAACAAUCGCUACAGCCGCCGAUUCGCGGGAUUGGCAGUCUGUCAUGACUAGGCUGUUAUCCCUAGGUAGUAUUAAUAUAUUCUUUGCCGUUUAUCCUCUGCUUAGUUAUAAAGCUUCAGUCCCUCAAGUGUUUUUGUUCCAAUCUUCAGCCAUCAGGAAUUCCUGCUUUUGUUCGCAGCAGGUCUGAAGUCAUGAAAGUGUCUUUUCUAUCAUUGAUCGCCUGGGCCCUUUGGGCCCAUACCGCCCUCGUUGAGGCCGCCGACUUCACGAACCCGCUGAAGGAAACAGACGGAUCCGAUCCGCACAUCGCUUACAGUGGUGGUUACUACUACCUCAUGACCACUACAUGGACGGACCUUCAAAUCACGCGCGCCACGACGUUGGGGGGCCUGAAGACUGGUGAAACGAAAACGGUCUGGACGGACACGAACACGUCACGUUGCUGCAAUGUGUGGGCUCCUGAGCUGCACUACUUCGAUGGAACAUGGUACAUCUACUACACUGCAGGUGCCAGUGACGACCUCGGUACUCAACGACCUCACGUACUCGAGGGUGGCGCCACUCCAUGGGACGACUUCAGCUACCUCGCCCAGCUGAGUAAUGUCUGGGGCAUCGACGGCUCCAUUGUGCGCUUCACCGACUGGGGCAACUACUUCGUAUGGUCAUGCUUCAGCGCCGCCGGCCUGCAGUCGCUGUGCAUCGCGCCCUUGACCUCGCCCGGUGUGAUUGGCACCUCGCAAGUGCUCUCCGAGCCCACAGAGUCCUGGGAGACGGUCAACAACCCCGUCAACGAGGGCCCGGCCGCCAUGUACCACGGCGGUACGACGUACCUCACCUACUCGGCCAGCGACUGCUGGACCGCAAGCUACCAGCUGGGCCUGCUGACGUGGAACGGAUCGGGCGACCCGGCGUUGGCGGCCAGCUGGACGAAGACGGGCCCCGUCUUUAGCUCCGCGAACAAGAACUACGGCACCGGCCACAACGGCUUCUUUAACAGCCCCGAUGGUACCGAGAUCUGGAAUGUGUACCACGCGACUAGCAUAAGCACCGGUGCUUGCGAUGGUAACAGGUAUACGAUGGCGCAGGUGGUCAACUGGAACUCGGAUGGUACCCCUAACUUUGGCACUGCUGCUGCCUUGGGUACGACUCUGGCUGGUCCCUCUGGCGAGUAGGGGUCGAUGAAGCUUUGUAAAUAAGAUUAUUACCUUUCUAAGCCAG